UAUACCCAGAUAACUACUUUUCAUCUGACAAACAGCACCGGUGUUAUUACCGGUUGUUACUUGUUAGCGAUUAUCUUGACUAUAAACACGUUGCUUUCCUGGCUAAUAAAAUACAGUUUCUUGAUGAUCCUUUACCAGUUGUAACUGGACAAUGGCCAAAUUACUUGUUUCAUUAUGGCUUUCCUUACUAAUAAUCGCAGCUAUUCUACAUUCAGCUAUUGCAUUCCCAAAUUCUCUACGAAGCAAGCGUCAGAUUAGCGGUAAAGAACUACUAUUACGGCAAAUUUGUGCAAUCGGGGACUACACUUUUCGGCAUCCUUUUUCCUGCAGUUCAUACCUUAUAUGUGACAAAGGCUCAUUCACGGAGCUGGAUUGCCCAGGAAAUAUGAUCUACGAUGUCAAAAUCAAGGCAUGCAAUUUUAAAAGAAAGGUCAAAUGUCAGAUGAUCGAUGGUAUGUCUGAUUUUGGUGACAAUCCUUUUGAUGAUACCGUCAGCACUAUGAGCGGCUCAACUAUUUCGCCCUUUUAAUAACACUGGUCUUUAAAAAUAUGGCCAAAAUCAGGAUUAUUUUGCACUCUGUGAGGAGCACGCGGAUAACGCUUUUGCCGGCAAGCUCCAAUAUAAUUUUAUUUGGAUAAUUCAGAUCUGCGAACAAAAUUUUUUAGUAUAAUAAAGCAGCUGAUCGACGUCGAAUGAUUUUGUCACCCUGCUUGCAGUUUUGCAAAACUGAUUUCGGAUUUCCAUUCCGCGUGGAAAG